CUAGCAUACCUGAAAUGAUGUUACCGCCAAAAUGAACAUAACUGCUAUAUAAUUGAUACCGAUAAUGAACCUAACUCAAUAUAUCAAAGUCAGUCAAAAUAGAUGAAGAACACUAACUUUACCAUCAUUUUUUACCCAUCUCGUAAUAUCGUAAGUAGUUCUAAGAUAACGAAACUGGGGAAGGUGUUGAAGGAGCAUCCAGCAAUGAAGAUGUUUUUGUCAAUAUCAGGAACAAACUUCAAAGAUGAAAGCAUCUGUGAGGUUGCCUACAAGCACAAAAUAAAGGUCAAAUCUGUUCACCUUAUCGGGGAAAAGGAUUGGUUGAAGCUUCCUUCUGAAGAACUUGCUUCGGCCUUCCAUGAGCCUCUCAUCAUAAGGCAUCCUCAAGGCCAUACUGUCCCCAGAUUAGACGAAGUAGCCACUGAGGAGCUCCGCUGCUGGGUCGAUGCGAUAGUUUCGAGUCAUGAACGUGUCGGAGAUGCUGAAGCAAAGGAGAAUAUCACUCAGAAAAUGGCUGAGAACAUUGAGAAUGAGCUCGAGAAUAGUAAUAUAACUUUAAGUUGAUAAGGCUCGGUGUGCUUUCUCUUCUCCAUUUCUUUUAGUACUCGAAUAAAAAUAUCUAUUUAGAAACUAUUAUGACAUCCGAGUAAAACAAAGUUAUGUAAAUGAACUAUGAUUAUAUUUGAAC